CCUCUUCACCUAUGGAAAUGUCAAGCUAGAAGACUCUCUAGCAUACCUAGACUCAGAAUGCUUGGGCACGUUCACCGCCAAAGACCCGUCCCCGAGUGUACCUGUUGAACCACAUUGGAAGGAACCGCGAACAGUACGGCUAAUGUGUCAGGAAGAUCCGACGGCUCCAGAUCCGACCAGAACCUGCUUCGCAUCAGUGAGCUUCGCUAUGUGCGAUAUCCUGGACGUGUACACGAAUUUUGCACUCUCUAUCGCCUGCACUCUACUAAUGGACGGUGACAACGCUCCACUCUACCGCGGCCUCAUCGAGUCUGGUCUGGGCCUUGACUGGGCUGGCCCGGUCGCCGGAAUGGACAAAAACUCUCGUACCACCAGUUUUCACAUCGGUCUCCAGGGUGUUCGCAAGGAAGACCUGGAUAAGGUUUCUACCUCAUGCCUAGACAUCCUCUCGUCGGUAGUCAAAUCUGGUUUUCCCCCGGAGCGUGUGGAGGCAGUUCUGCAUCAGUACCAAAUUGCAGUUCGUCAGGAUUCAGCCCAGUUCGGUCUAAAUCUAAUUUUGGGCCUUGCUCCCAUCGUGAAUCAU